AGAGAUCUAACAACAAUGAGUAGAAAGAGAGGUUUGGAUGAGGAGGAAGACAGCAGUGAUGAUGGUGAUGAAUCAAUCAAGCGCACAAGGACUGCCGUCAAUCAGAUGCCAACACAGGUGGACUUUAAUAUGGCCACUCCAUCACAGAACCAACAACAACAAUCGUCACAACAGGUUCAAUCAUCACAACAACUACAAGCAACAAAGGCAUAUAUCAAGGGCAGCAUUGUACGUGUAAAGUUAACAAACUUUGUAACGUACACUGAACUAGAGUUCGUUCCCGGACCACGUCUGAACGUCGUGAUUGGCCCCAACGGCAGUGGCAAGUCAUCCAUCGUGUGUGCCCUGGCACUAGGCCUGGGCGGUGGCCCCGCACUUCUCGGCAGAGCCAAGCAAGUGAGCGAGUUCAUCAAACAUGGAGAGGAGCGCGCAAUCAUCGAGAUCGAACUGUUUGUCCCCACGGGCAACGUCACAGUGCGACGUGUAAUCAGAAAGGACAACAGCUCAGAGUAUCGUGUCAAUGGAGCCAAGGCCACUGCGCAAGAAUUGCACGAGAAGAUCAAGGAGCUCAACAUCCAAGUGGACAACCUCUGUCAGUUCCUGCCACAGGACAAGGUUGUCGGCUUUGCCAAGAUGACGCCCACCGAGUUGCUUGUCGAGACCGAGAAGGCCAUCGGCCUCUACGAUCUCUAUGACAAUCACAUGAAGCUUAUCGAGUCCAAGAAAGAGUUGGGCACAAUCAAGAGUAAACAUACCAAUCAAGCAACUAUAUUGGAGGACGCAAAGAAGAGGAAUGAGAGUUUGGAGAAGGAGGUGGCGAUGUUCCACGAGAGGAACAGGAUCUUGGAGAACAUUGAGAACUUGAAGAAGAAGAGAUAUUGGGUGCUGGUGGAGAACGCCAACUCAGAGUUCGAGUCGGUCAAGCAGGAGAAGGCCAAGGCAGACGUCUCACUAGAUGAGCUCAAGCGCGAGAUCGUCCCUCUGGAGAAGAAGGCCGGUGCCGCCAACCAGGCCAUCCAGCGUCUAAACAACGAGUACCAGGCCAUGUCAGAUACGAUCAGAGCACGCGAGACGGACAUGAGCAAGAAGAACGCGCCCAUGACCAAGAUAAGCGAGCAGAUCGACACGCUGCACAACCAGCUGGACAGUCUUCAGAAGCGUGGCGAGGAGCGCAAGAACGAGAUCGCCAAGCUGACACAAGAGUCACAGCGCAUCCAGUUGCAGAUCAACGGACUGGCGAGCGAGGAUUCAAUCCGCGAGAAGAUCGACGAGAAGAAUAAGGCGAUGAAGGAGCUCAACGUCCAGCAGGGCAACCUCAAGUACGACCUGUCCACAGCCAAGAGCCAGGUGGAAACGCUGAACCGCGAGAUGGAGCAGACCAAGCAACAGCUGAAUCAGCUCAACAACAUUCAGGCGCGCAAGCUCGAUACAAUCAAGCGCGAGGUGCCCGACGUCCACAACGCUUACGUCAACAUCCUGCAGCGCAACAAGGACAAGUUCCGUCGCCCCGUCUACGGACCGAUGUGCGUGGAGAUCAACGUGCAGAACCAGGAUCACGCCAAGUACCUGGAGAGCCAGUGCCCGUUCUGGGUGCUGAUGGCCUUUGUCUGUCAGACCAACGAGGACAGUCAGCUGUUCAAGCGCGAGCUUGAGAACCAAAAGCUUCGCGGUAUAUCCGUGCUGUAUCUGCCUCGCGACUCUCACUUCAACCGCGAGUUUAGCUUGGAGCCUCUCAAGAAGUACGGCAUUGAGUGCUUCCUCGACCAGACAUUUGAGUGCGAGAAACCAGUCCGCGACGCUCUGCUGGACAACGUGGCGCUCUACAAUGUGGUGGCUGGCACACGAAGCACCAUUGGCCAGGAGGAGGCACUUCUGCGCGACACCAGCAUCACCAGCUUCUUCACCCCCUCCAAACAAUAUGCGCGCUACAGAUCCAAGUAUGGCGACAAGUCACAGAGCACCAAGGUCUCGCUGAUAAAGGAGUCCAAGUUCCUGUCGGGUAUCAAUCUGCAGGAGAAGGAUGAUCUGAACCAGCGUCUGCAAGAUAUCCAGAGCAAGAUCACUGCGGCCCGCGAGAAGUUUGGCGAGAUUGAGUCACGUGAGCGCGAGUUCCAGAGACAGCAAAAGACGCUGCACGAGGAGAGACAGGUGCUGAGUGCGCAGAUCGAGGAGCGCAAGAAAUUGUACAGUAGGAUGAACAACAUCACGAGGAAGAUUGAUGAUAUGUCCACAGAGGAGAACACCGUGCAGGAGGCCGCCGGCAUCAAGAAGCAGAUAAUGUUGCUGCACAAGAGAAAGGUCGAAGUGCUGAACGACAUUGCCGACAUCCUGAUAGACAUCACACAGUACAACUACAAGCGUGAUCUUCUGCUCCUCAAGAAGAGCAGGGAGGAGGUCAAGUUCCGCAAUGAGAACGCCAAGCUCGAGGAGUUGAAGGCCAAGAUCGAACAAAUGGAAAGGAAUGUUGAGAAUCAUCACAACUUGUUGGAGACACACUUGGCAAAGAUGGAGGAGUUGAAGAAGGACUGGCUCAUUCCAGUGGUGGAGUUCAUCAAGGAGAUCAACACAAGGUUCACAAAGUUCUUCUCAGCGAUUGGAUGUAAUGGUGAGGUCAUUCUUGGUCACGACGAGACCGACCCUGACAACUUUGAGAAGUACAGUAUCGACAUCAAGGUCAGGUUCAGAGACGAGGACCAGCUUAAGGCACUCAAUGCCCACGUGCAGUCUGGAGGCGAGCGUUCAGUGUCCACUAUGCUUUUCCUCAUCUCUUUGCAGGACCUCACUAGUUGUCCGUUCAGAGUGGUCGAUGAGAUCAACCAGGGUAUGGAUCCCAAGAACGAGAGAAUGAUCUUUGACCAAAUCGUCAAGACCGCCAACCGUCCAGGUCUGCCACAGUACUUCCUGAUCACACCCAAGCUGCUACACGACCUGGAGUACUCCCAGAACACCACAGUGCUCUGUGUCUUUACUGGACCAUGGCACGUCAACCAAGCGGAAUGGGACAAGCAAUUCAAGCAGGCGAUUCAAAAGAAGCUGGAGAUGAGCCAACGUCAAGCACAAGCCAAUGCUGCUGCUAACUAA